ACGCUAUAUAUAUAUAUAUUAUAUAUAGAAGUUCCGUGUGAAACAGAGUUCAACGUAUCUUCUAUCCUUCUUCUGUAAUAGGAGAGCAUAAAUUACAAAAAUUUCAGCUCAAUAAACUUCCAUUUUCAACGAAAAUAAUAACAAUAACGGCCAUGGAUUGGGUAAGAGGUGAAGCAAUAGGCCAUGGAAGCUUUGGCAAAGUGAGUUUUGCAGUACCCAGAAAACAGAGCACUCUGUUUUCAUCAUCAAUGGUGGUCAAGUCUUCUUCAGCUUCUCGUUCAGCUACGCUGAUGAACGAGAAGCUAAUUUUGGAUGAGAUUAACGGUUGCCCACAAAUUAUUAAUUGUCUUGGUGACAGCUACACCUACGAAAAUGGCGAAAAGUUGUACAAUGUCUUAUUGGAGUAUGCCCCUGGAGGUGCUCUGUCCGAAAAGGUUAAGAAUUCUAUUGAACGUAAAUUGCCGGAGAUUGAAAUCAGGAAAUACACCAAGUCGUUAUUGAAAGGGCUACACUAUAUCCACAAGCGUGGCUAUGUCCACUGCGACAUUAAACCACAGAACAUUCUUCUUGGUGCUAAUGGUCAAGUCAAAAUUGCUGAUUUCGGAUUGACAAAGAGAUCCAAUUCAAUUAAAGGUGACUAUUCGCGAGGUGAAUUGAGGGGUACUCUACUGUACAUGUCGCCGGAAAUGGUUACCGCCGGUGAACAGGACACUCCUGCUGAUAUCUGGGCACUUGGAUGCGUAGUUGCUGAGAUGGCAGCCGGAGUUCCAGUUUGGGGAUACUCAGACAUAGCUAAAUUGUUGAUGACAAUUGGAGUGGGUGAUCAAUUGCCUGAAAUUCCUGAAGAAUUAUCGGAAGAAGGAAAAGACUUUCUAGAGAAAUGCUUCGUGAAGGAUCCGAGAAAGAGAUGGAGCGCAGAGAUGCUACUAAAACAUGAAUUUGUUGCUGAUCAAAUGGAUGACACUGUUACAUUGAAUGACGAAAGGUACAACAGUGCCGCCCCUUCAACAUCUCCAAGGUGCCCAUUUGAUUUCCCAGAUUGGGCAUCUGAUGACUCUGCUGAAUCAACAGUAACAUGUCCAAUUACAUCUUUGCCCUCGCCGGCGUUUCAAGAAUUGAUCCAUUUUAACGGCGGGUCAUGGUCCACAUCGCCAACUGAAAGGCUGCAAGUACUAUUAGUGGGUGAUGAAAACAGACCAGAAUCUGACUGGUCAGUUGCUGAUGACUGGAUCAGUGUUAGAUGAUGUCAAAUGAUUUAUCACGUCCAGAGUUGUGCAGAUUUUUUUCCCUUGCAGCUCUGUUCUUCUUUCUUUUCUUUUUUUCCCACUUAAAAAAGGUUGAUAUUCCUUUAACGUUAGCCAAGGUCAGAUUUUUACAAUAUCUCCUUUGUACAUAUAGUUGUAUAUAAAACAGAAUGCAAUUACGAUA